AUGAAAAGAUGGUUUGAAAAGCGCACUCACCCGCUAUUUCAGAAUUUCGUCGCUGGGCAAGUUAGUCCCUCCAGUGGCUGCGAUGAUUCAACUGUUAACAAUGUAACUAGAUUGGUGUUGUUCCUUCAACCCGGUUUCUAUCUAGCACUGACCGGUCUCGGUGCCGGUGGUGGUAGACCCAGCUCUUUAGCUGUCGCCGCCACUGCCAAUUGGAUCUUGUAUCUCGUUUUCUUCCUGACGGGAUGGCUUGGGGGUGUGCUCAUGAAUCUCAUGGGCCCAAGAGUGACCAUGGCCCUGAGCGCAGUUGGAUACACCUUAUAUACCGGCGGAUUAUGGUAUCUCGACAAGACUGGUCACUCCUGGAUGGCAUAUCUCGGUGGUGCCAUAGAGGGAGUGUGCGCGUCUCUGCUAUGGACGUCGGCAGGAGCGAUCGCGUAUUCCUAUGCAGAGGAAAAGCAAAAGGCCCGCUACGUGACGUACCAGUGGAUGUGCUGUGCAACCGGGUCAACAAUCGCCUCGCUCAUGAUGCUGGGCAUCAAUUUCCACCAGAGGACCGACGACGCGCGAGUCCCGGAAAGCAUUUACGGCUCGCUCGUGGGCCUGCAGGUUGCAUCCAUGUUCAUUGCGGCCGUCUUUCUCGUGCGACCGUCUGCGGUGGUUCGCAGUGACGGACAGAACAUUGCCAGAAGCUUCGAGUCGACUUGGAAGGCCGAAAUAUGGAGUCAUCUGAAGAUGUUCGCAGAGCCGGGGCUCCUGGAGCUUCUGCCGCCCAUGCUGGUGGGCGAGAUUGCCCUGGCGCUACAGAGCUCCUUGAACGGGUACUUUUUCAACAUUCGCACGCGCUGUUUGAACAACUUCAUUUUCAGCGCCGUUCAGAUCCCAGCUAGUUGGGGAAUCUCUCGAUUCCUGGAUAGCUCGUUCUUGAAGAGAAGAGCUCGAACCCUUGCUGCCAUCUGUCUCGUGGCCUUGUUUACCGUUGGAGCCUGCACCAUUCAGACCGUGUGGUUAUUAAUGUAUAGAGUCGACCGGAGAAGGCCCGGACCGUCGACAGACUGGAGAGACGAGGCAUUCAAGUCAACAUGUUAUACCUAUAUUCUUUCGGGAGUGGUAUACGGCACCUUUCAAAUGGUAACGCAGUAUGUGAUUACCUCCCUUACCAAUGAUCCAUUGAAACUCGCCCGAUACUCCGGCGCAUUUCGAGGGGUGAAUGCACUGGGCAUGAUGGCUUCUUUUAUCAUUGACAGCCAAGGCGUCAACUAUAUUUAUCAGCAGUGGUACCAAUUUGGCGCCUACAAUCUCGGCAUUAUAUCACUGGGUUUCGCGGCUUACAACUACGUGACCCAAACGAACUACAACAGCGAGCCGAAUGUCAUUGUACCGAUAGACGUACAGAACCAAUCGAUUCCGCUACAGAGCAUAAGCACUGGGAACGAUAACGGCGGCGAGCAGAGCCAAGCCACAGGCGCGCUGUGA